AUGGGCUCUUCUGAAGAGGCACCAUGGAAGGAAUUAACAGACAAAGGAGAAGAGCAAGAGCAAGAGCAAGAGCAAGAGCAUGAUCAACAAAGACCUGAUUCAUCCCCUCAGCGCCCUCGGCGUUUCCUCAUUCAGCCAGUCGAGAAUUCUACUCGGAGCUCUCACAAGCGACAUCUUCCUUCCGACGAUAACAAUAUCCGAGACCAUCAGGAUCAGGCAUUUGAUGUUUCGCAGAACGAAACUCUCCCAGAGAGUAAUCAACCGCGGCGUUUUUUGCCCCAGCCGAUUGAAACAACUACUACCAGCCAUCGGGGACUAAGGAGAUUUAAACCCGAGUUGAUCGAAACAGAUCAUCGCACCGUCACAGGGUCACUGAAGCCGCAACAGCGACAGGAAAUGCAAACACCCCCCGCGAAGCAUGCUACUUUACAGUCUAAUCAUUCGAUCGUGGCGCGUUUAAAUCUUCACAUUCAUCGGGAGAGUUCAUUUGGUUCGUCUGAAUCAAAGUUUUCUUACGCGAACCUCAUUCGCCGACAAGAGACGCGGCGACAUUCUUUCCGUAUUCCAGAGCUCCCUUCAAUCCCAUCAUCAAACAGCAGUGGCUCCAGGAGCCCCUCGAGAUCUCCAUCAUCCUCUUCAUCUCCCCCGAAGUCCUCCCACGCUCUCCCCACGACUGAGCAAUCUUUUGGAGGAAGCUUUGAUGGGGAGUUUUCAGACUACAUGCUCUCUCUUGCCGUUCGAUCAGAGCAGGAGCAACUCAAGGAUCAGACGCUGGCCGCUUUUCCAAAUGAACAGAUAUAUGAGCCAGUGGAUCAUUUUGCCAUUGAGGAAGAUCGAGACGACGAGGACUGGGCCUCUACUCAACCACGUGAUCUGAAAUCGCGGAGAGAGUCCUCAGCAGACCUCUCAUGGGAGCUUGAAUAUAUGCGCCAGCACAAGGAAGAGGCAGAGCAGAGACUCAGAGCGAUGGGCAUUUCGCGCAAACCAGAUCUGACCUCCCCAGUCUUAAAGGCAGCAUCCAAGGCACUAGGCCCAAGUCCGCCAAUGCUUGGAGCAGAUAUCGUGUUACCCCGUUGCGCGUCUCCAGAAGGUACAUUCUGCGAAAAUAAGGCUGAGAUAGGUUCCCGAUCAGCCAGCCUGUGUGUUGACUGCUGUGGUCUUUGGUGUGCAACGAAUCUUCAUGGCAAUGACCAAGGAGUUGGUCUGUGGAUGGGCACUUGCAGCAAAACGGGCGCGGGACGAGAGCCACAUAAUUUUGCGGGAAUCGUGACUCCAAUGAUACGAGAUGAAGAUAUGGAAUUGGAUCCUGACCAUCGAACAUCAAUCACUAACUACACCACCCAAUCCCAUACCCCAGUCCAGGGAGAGGUGAUGGGUCUACUGAGCCCAUUGUGUGUUCCUAGUCCGAAGCUUUCCAAAGUUCCCGAAGAAUUCCAUGAUGAAUUUGUCACACAGAUUUAUAACUAUCUUUCUCUGGGUUAUCCCUGCAUUGCCCGUGACUACGACUAUGAACUCAGCAAGAUCUCGGGAUUUUCGGUUGAAAAACUUCAACAGGAUGAUUUCCAUACCGAUGCCCGGGGGUACGUUGUUGCCCCGGAUAGUGAUACUGGGGUGGCAUGCACGAGGUGGGAGGCCCUCCGCCUUUAUAUUCGGGAAUGGGCUCGGCAGCAACCGAACAUGGUAGAUGAUGAAUCUUGCCUGGAAUCUUGGGGCUUACCGGAACGAAAGGGGAGCUGGGCAAUCUAA